GCAAUCGAAUGUCCGUGCUAUCGGCAAUUGAAGAACCAAGGAUGCACUAACGCCAAUGCCCAGCAACAAAAUAAGUUCAAACAAAAUUCAAAAUAAUGAAAACCAGAAGCAGCAAAGCAUCCCUUUCAUCUGGUCGGGACGCUGGGCUCCGGAAUUCAGCGAAGUCCCCGGGCAAGCCCCUGACCCCAGAGAAAGACAAACACAUGGAUGCGUGCCAUGAUCCCGUAGACACCUCGGAUCAAUGUGUCCAAUCGCAGGCUGAAGGUGAGCUCCAAAAUCCGGAGGUAAUUCAUAUCAAGAGCGAGCCCUUUUGUGAAGAUCUGUGGGAUGUCCUGGACGAGCUAGGAGUCCUUCUGGCUGAGGUGGAUGCCGAGUCGGAUCUGGAUGAAAAACCAGUCAUCACGCCACCGCCGCCCUCUAUCACACUGGCCGACGACUCUUCAUUGUUCACUAGAAGAUCAAAGCCCGACUGCGAUGUCUCCCCCAUCAGCUUCAAUGAAUCCUUGCAGGAGUCGGGCGAAAUCCUUUCCAGUGAGGAGAACAACACUGAGAUAAACAUAUCCGAGGGAAUGGAACCCGUUCUACGUAUUAAUUCCUCUGCAAAAGAUAGCCAAAAGGAGCGGAGCAGAAGCAGUCCAGAAGGAAAUUCCAGGCGCCACUGGGACAGCACUGCGCAUAAGGAGUGGUUAUCCAUGAAAACCACCGCAACCAAAGCCAAAGAAAUCAAGUCAGAUCAGAGGAACCCCCGCAGCAAAUCCAAAGAGCGGACACGUGCUCGAAAAAAGAGUUCCUCACUGAGAAAAAUAUCCAUCAGUCGCAGCCCCAGUCCCACUUUUAGAGGCAGAAGGAGGAGCUCUUCCAGGAACUCAUCCUCGGGCAGGGAAAGAUCAAGCCAGGCCAGCCGCAGAAGGCAUCGAAGCCAAUCCAGGGACCACAUACGGAGGAGGAGGAGCUUCUCUAGGGACCGACUAAAGCGCCGCCGAAUUCCGGUCUCACCUAGGCCAAGAUUUAGAUCCAGAUCUCGAAGUCCGGAUCGCACAAGUCGUUCACGCUCAAUACGAAAUCACCCUUCGGACAGAAGGUUGAGGGAUGUUUCUCCAAGCAUUAGGCAUUACCGGGGUCGGCCUAGAUCUCCCGGAUUUGGAUGGAGGCACGGUAUCCAGCGCUAUUUGCCAGCACGUUUGCCUCGUCUUCGUUCCAGGAGCAGAUCUAGGUCAGCCAAGAACCUGGUGCGUCGGCGCUUGGGAAACAGGGUUCCGUUCCGGGAGCGUUCGAAGAGCAGCUCCCGGCCAAGAAGAAUACCGUUCCGAAAGCGUUCCAGGAGCAGAUCCAUAUCAGCAAAUGUCAUGCUGCGAGAGUCUUCGAGAAACUCGGGAAGCAAAAGCAGGAAUCCUAAGAUCGUGCCCCGCCAGUCUUCCAGAAGUCCAAGGAUUCACCACGAGGAGCGUCAGAGGAGUGUUUCUCCUGUUAUGACCGACCGAGUGGCGAGUCCAGUCGAGUCCAGUCCUCCUGCCUCCUCCUUCUCACCCAUCUUGCCAAAGCCCAUCUCUCCAAUGGUCACGCAGCACGACAACCGGUUGACCCGCCCCAAGGAGCUGCGCCAGCACCAGCUGCCCACGCCCCCUGAUCCACAAGUGGUUUACAAGCACUUCACCCACCUGGAAUACAGUUCGCAGCACUAUCCGGGCUACCUGGCUACACCCGGACCCUACAGCCAACAUACGCACGAGCUCGGUACCUUCGACCUGCGACGCCGUUUGGUCACAACGCGAUCCCUCUGUUGUUUGCGUCCACAUGACCUGCGUCACCGGAUCCAGGACGUGUGCCGGCCGGACAUCUACUCGCCACCACCCGCCUUUAACGUCUACCCCGAGUGGCCCACAGGCUACCCUGGGCAGUACCACCCCAGCGGCUAUUACUAAGGGUUCCUCAGUAAUUCUUAAUUCUUUAUUUGUACUACAUACAUAGGUUACUAGCUUUAAAUGGUAUGCUUAAGUUAGGGGGCGUUCUGGCUGCGUACGGGGGAUGUAUGUACGUGGUCGGCGACGGUUGAGCACGGAUCUGGUAUUUUGGCUUGGCUGGAGAGAGAAUAUUGAACGCAUAAAGUUACGACCGCAGCACUUAAGCCAUGGGGUGGGAUCCUCGGACGGCAACUCCGGGGAAUUGGGUUUUAGAGGCCGGUCCUGGACGGAAUCGCCCACGGUUUGGGCACCCAAAAAUGCGAGGCGGCCUCUGCUCAUACUGAAGUCGAUGUCCGCCGGCUCUUUGGUAUGUCCAGUCCUGGCUAGAUCUUUCAUGCAAUGCUCGAUUGGCAUCGACUCCGGAUGAGUCUGGUCCUCCUCGCUCUGACUGGCGGCCAUCGUGGGUGUGGGUUCGAUUAACGUCUGAUUUCAAAAUUAUUUUUCCGAAGCCAUAUGUAUGUGUAGCAGGGAAAGGGAGAAGAAUAUAUUGCUGCAGUUUCCUGUUCCUGGAAAACAUAAAUAAAUAUUGUUAAUAUAUUUAAUUUGACCAAAGUA